AUGAAUUUCUGGAGUUAUCUCUUGUACUGGAAGGCCAAGUUAAGUGGGAAUAUGGAUCUAUUUGGUCCCGAUUUUUUAUAUUCACCAGGCUCCGAUCAUGUCUUGCCUAAUGGUGAAUUACCAAUGUAUGCCGCCAGCCCGAAUUCAUUAUAUUUAUAUGAACAAGAGAGACAUGAUAUGCAACAUUUGGGAAAUACUCAGUGUUAUAACAGCCCCCAAUCUCAUCUUAAAAAAGAAAAUAUUUUCAGUUGUGAGGAUUUUGAUUUGAAUCCACAAUACGAGGCAAAUUUAGAAUUGCCAAACAACUCCAUUACUGACACUGACGUGCAACAAAAUUUCACAGCAUUUUCAGCUCAGAGUCAAAAUGGCCGAAAUUCCAAUCCGACAUUAACUGAACUCAAUAUGGGAAGUGAAUCCGAAUCAUUCUUGGAAGAUUUAGAAGCUGUGAUACCCAAAACUCCGUCAUUUUCAAACUCAUUACCGACAUUUUCCAGCGUCUCCCAACAAAAUAACACUUUUACCACUCUAACAACCAGAACGCAUGAUUCAUUUGCGAAUAACAAUUAUGGUUUAAAAACAAUUUCUUCGUGGCCAUCUUGGAACAGACAGUGUGAGGCUGAUCGAAGCAAAUCGAUACAGAAUAUUAAAACAGCCCUUCAAAAUUCUAAAUCCUUGCCCCUGACUCAUACAGUUACCAGCAACUCCACACACAGCAGUUCAUAUUCCGAAGACAACAAAUCACGAUUACAGAAAUUAUUGAUGGCCGACGAUGACUCACCAGCGAUGAGCGUGGUUGGAAUGAAGCGCCCUCUGAUGUCAAUAAAAGAAGAAAAAGAUGAUGACUCCGUUGAAGAAAAAUGGAAAGAAAUCGAAAAAUAUAUUCACGAUGAUGAAGAAUCACGACCAACCAGAGAAAAACGAAAAAGAUUUGCUACUUGCCAUCCCUCUAUCUUUAGUGAACUCAUCCACUCAUGCUUAAUUUCAAGCUCUAUAUGUAGUGCUAAUGGAGAGUUCAUUAAAGAGAUAGUGGAUGUAUGCUGUCAUAUCCAUGCUUAUCCAGCUUUGAUUUUUCAUUGUCGGGGUAAAGUGGAUAGGAAAGGCCAACAAUGA